GAGGACACCACGAUGAAUGUGAUCCCCUCGAGCACCGGGAAUUUGUUGACCAUGCUUUCGGACGAUGGCCUCCAGUAUCUCAUGGCUGGAGCCAGGUCAAACAUUGGUUUGAAAUCUGGACGCUAUGUGUUCGAGGUGAAGAUCAUCGAGAGUGUGACCUGGUCGGAGGAGCCGAGCGCAAAGAGUCGGAUGCAAAGUGCGCGGAGCCAAGUGCGUUUGGGCCUGGCCACUGCCGCCUCGCUCUUCCUGGGGGAAGACCAGGACUCCAUUUGCUUUGAUUCCCAAGGGAGCUUUUACAAAGAGAAGAGGAAAGUCCUGGGUGUGUCCCAGAAAUUCACCACUGGAGACGUCGUGGCUCUUUUGGUCAAUUUGGAUUCCACCAGCCCAAAUGCCUUCACGGUAUCGCUGUUUAAAGAUGGACAACGAGCAACCCCACCUCAACCGCUGCCGGAUUGUUUCAGGGGCAAGGCCUUGUAUCCUGCCCUGAGCUUUCGGAACGUGGCGCUUCACUACAAUUUCGGCCCCCUCUUGGUGCCAUUGCCCUUCACCUGCCGUGUACUGAAGGAUGCGUCAGCCAAAGAUGCGACGGUGAAACGAGCUCACGAAAGCCCCCACGAGGUGAUUUUUCCAGUAGCUCUCCCUGAUGAAGGCGGCUUCGAUUGGUUGGACCAAUUCUUGGAGUCCAACCCGUCUUUCACUGAGGUAAGCGACAGGGCGCUGCUGAAAUGGUGUGAGAGAAGCGGCAUUCAUCGACCCAAAGGCUAUGGAGCUUCCGCGCGCAGCUCCAACGACAAGCCUGAGAUGGGCUUCGGAAUCGCUGCCUUGGACGAGAUCAACCGUCGCCUCCUCCAGGUGGUGUGCAGCUUUCAAAAACGCAAUUUGGUGGUCAUGGAGGUGAAAGCGAACUUGCUCAAGUCAGACCGCAAAGAACUCACUGCGCGCUGGCCUGGCUUCAAGCGCGUUGCAGCAGUUGUGGUGGGCGACCCGCCGGUUUCCUUUAAGUCCUUCAGCCAGGAAGCGAUGUUGCGGAUGAAACAGGAGGCGUUGACUGCAGAGUUCAAAGCCAAAGCUCAAGAGGAGAGGAAGAAGGCUUCUGACAAGCCACUGGACCCUGACGACGAGGCCAAAAAGGUCCAAGAGACCUUGAAAAGGAAAGCGGACUUCGAACGGCGGAAACGCGAGGCUGAGAUGAAAGGAGAAAACUUUGAAGAAGAGGAGGAGGGUGACGUCGACUUGGAGGCGAAGAAGCGAAAGGAAUGCGAGCGGAAGACGGAAAUCUCCAUUCUACGCUUCGAUCGCGUCACGAAAUUCCUUUCGAAGCGAGGAAGUCUCUACUUCGGCUUCGGAGCAAAUAAGAGAAACAACGUAAGAUUAAUAAGUAAGAUGAACACGAAGCAACGGAGCAACUAAGGACGUUCCACAAGCAGAACUGACCCCGGAGGAG